AGUACAACACAUGGAAAUGCCAAAUAGUUUCCGUUUGAAAAAAAUUGAAAACCCCUGCACAUACUAACCCACAUACAAACCUUGAAUAACAUGAAUGAGUUCCACUAACCCGUUUUCACCACCAGGGGCCCUCACGGCUCUCUAUUUCCGCCCGACCCGCGUGUAAAGUAAUGUUUAUAUCAUUUAUACUGUCACCAGCUGUUUCUUAAUUGAACCACAGGAGGCACCCCUCUUUCUGACCAGCCCACUCUCCCCCUUUAAAACCUCGGUCCCACUGACUGUCCUUUGCGUUUGUGCGUCUGUCUGGUUGCAUUGUGUGGCCCCUUCUCGGGCACGUUGCAUACCAAGUGAGCCACAAUACGGAGCUUUUUGCAAGUGGGUCGGUGGCACGAGGUCGGUCAUCUCCAUUUUUGUCCCCCGCGCGUCCUUUUGGGUGAACUUUGAACCAACUUAGGGGAUCGAUUAGUCAGGCGACGUUUUUGGGCUUAGUAAAAGAAAAACAUUUGUGCGUGCGUGGUCCAUUAAUCCAUCUUUGCGUAAAAUCGACGCGGAUAAUUUAAGGAACAAUGCGUCUUUCUGCAUCACAAGAAGUUUAAUUGAAACAUCCGAAGACGCAUUUUGAGUUAAAACCACAACAUGGAGAAUUGGUUUCAUUUGUUCACGUUUUCUUUCAUUGUUAACUAUCAAAGCGCAGCGACGCAAGAUGGACCGAACUUUUUGGAAAACAUCAUUCUUUUUUUUAGGCAAAAUGAAACGAUUUCAACAGGGCACUUGGAGGAAUUGUUGUAUUUGGUUUCAUCCAGGAGACCAGAGUCUAUUACUGUAAACAAUCCACUUGCUAACCAAAAGUGUCUUUCGGCGGGGCAGAUCCUGGCUCAGUCGGGGUUGGCUAACCUCAGUCAGCUGAGUGUGGAACAUCUGGAGAGGCUGUGUCCGGCCGUGUUGACCCAGGUGCUGCUGCCCUCGUGCCCCUUCACCGUCCCAGAGACCCUGCCACCCGUCGACUACUCUGUUUGGGGAUACGGAUUCCUGGCUGUCACCAUUAUAAACUUAGCUUCUCUUCUGGGUUUGUUUCUGUUGCCGUUCACAAAGAAAUCAUAUUUUCCAAAAGUUUUGACCUACUUCAUUGGUUUGGCCAUUGGGACACUGUUCUCCAAUGCAGUGCUGCAGCUCAUCCCAGAGGCCCUCGGUUUUGAUCCCAAAGAACACAACUAUGUGGACAAAGCAGUGGGCAUUUUUGGAGGAUUUUACGUACUUUUCUUUGUGGAGAAGGUUUUGAAAAUGGCACUUGGACUGGACCAUGAUCACAGCCACAGUCAUUUCACUCCAGUAGAACAACCUGAAAACUCUAUUCACAAUGGAGUGAUCGCAGAGAAAAAGGACUCCAUCAUCCUGACCAGCAUCAACACUAUCUCUACAGGGGACAUGUCACAGACCAAUAUGAUACCCGCACAGGUAAAUAAAAAAUAUGGUCACACAUGGUCACAUUUUUCUAUAGCGCUUUUCCAUCUUCAAGGCACUCAAAGCGCUUUACAACAAGGAACCACUCACCCAUUCACACACACAUUCAUACACCAGUGUACGCAGACACUGUGGGCAGGGUGGGUUAAGUGUCUUGCCCAAGGACACAACGACAGCAUUCAUCUGUGGGAGCUGGAAUCACACCAGCCAAUCUGUGGGUCAGUGGAUCUGACCACUCAACCUGUGAUGUUUAUGUCGAGAGCUGGAUUCGAACCGCCAACCUUACACUCAGUGUUUAAUGCAUUCAAACAAUUUAAACAGUUACAAUACAAUGUUAUAAUCUGUCAUAUUCACACUGGAAUUACAGAUGUUCAUUAAUAUGUCCUGUCCCUA